AAAGUUCACGGGCGAUAUUCGACCUGUCAAAUAUUGAGCUUUAGAGUUUGAGUCUAUCACGUCCACAUCAGCAGCAUGUUCGCAUUAAAGACAUUAAGGAGUUUUUCUCCUGCGGCAAAAAAUGUUUAUUUGCGGAGUAAACAGGCUAUUGCAGUGGCUGUGUCGAGAAUGCAGCAUGCGGAGCUCCAGCAUGGAGAAACAGCAGCACCAUUUCGACCUGAAACAUCCAUGGCCAAAACUCUGAUGGACAUCGGUACCAGGCGGAUCUUCUCAGAGGAACACGACCUGUUCAGGCAAAACGUGCGGAGGUUCUUUCAAGAGGAAGUUGUUCCUUAUCACGCUCAGUGGGAGAAGGCCGGUGAGGUCAGCAGAGAGGUUUGGGAGAAGGCUGGAAAACAUGGUUUACUGGGAGUUUACACACCUGAGGAACAUGGAGGAAUCGGAGGAGAUCUGCUGUCUGCUGCUAUAGUGUGGGAGGAACAAAUGUACAGUAACUGCAGUGGUCCUGGCUUCUCUCUCCACUCUGAGAUUGUAAUGCCUUAUAUCAGUCACUAUGGCUCUAAAGCUCAGAUUGAGCGCUAUAUUCCACAGAUGGCUGCUGGGAAAUGCAUCGGGGCCAUCGCUAUGACAGAACCUGGUGCCGGCAGUGACCUUCAAGGAGUGAAGACGUUUGCGAAGAAGGAUGGAACUGACUGGAUUCUUAAUGGAAGCAAGGUGUUCAUCACUAAUGGCUGGAUGAGUGAUGUUGUGAUUGUAGUUGCCGUCACUGACCGUGAAGCAAAGACAGCCGCUCAUGGAAUCAGUCUGUUUCUGGUUGACCGUGGCACUAAGGGCUACCAAAAAGGCCGCAAGCUGGAGAAACUUGGACUCAAAGCUCAGGACACAGCUGAGCUGUUUUUUGAGGACGUGCGUUUGCCUGCUGAAGCUUUGUUGGGUCAGGUCAAUAAAGGAUUUUACUAUCUGAUGAACGAGCUGCCUCAGGAGCGCCUUCUCAUAGCAGUCAUGGGUCUUGCCAGCUGUGAAUUCAUGUUUGAAGAGUCAAGAAACUAUGUGAUGCAGCGGAAGGCGUUUGGAAGGACUAUUGCUGACCUUCAGGUGGUCCAGCAUAAACUGGCCGAGCUGAAGACUGAAAUCUGUGUAGGUCGGGCAUUCAUUGACAGCUGCCUUCAGCUCCACAGCGAGAAGAAGCUGGACUCCAGCACAGCGUCCAUGGCCAAAUACUGGGCUACAGAUUUGCAGAAUAGGGUCGCCACUCAGUGCCUGCAGCUUCACGGUGGAUGGGGCUACAUGUGGGAGUAUCCCAUAGCCAAGGCGUUUGCAGACGCCAGAGUUCAGCCCAUCUACGGAGGAACCAAUGAGAUCAUGAAAGAGCUCAUCUCCCGUAACAUUGUCAGCAAAAAAUAAAUACAGGAAAGAAAUCAAACGUUGGUGCCUGGACGUUUCAAACGUCUUUAGCUAGCUGGAGCUUCACGGAUUGUUGAUUUUAAAAAUGAUCGCAGAUGACUCUCUUAAUGUAUACAAAACAUUAAAAUCAUAUGACAUUCUGCUAACAUCAUAUGGUCUACGCCGAGAGAAUGUAGCCUCUGUUUCUUAAUGUUUUUGCCUUCCAUAUGAUCAGUCUGCAGCACUUCUAAACAACAAAUGUCAUUUUUAGUUGUAAAGUUUUUUUUGUUGUUUGUUUGAUAUUGUGAAUAGCGACUCUUUAUCCACUAAUAAACCUUUAUGAAGACA